AUGGCUUUGAUAGGCAUCAUGCUUUCCCGUAUCUUGCCAAGACUUCAUCCUGUUGCCACAAAUGUGUCCGCCACUAGAUCAAUGUCGUUCGAUUUGACCGAUACCCAGAAAGAAAUUCAACAGACUGCUCUGCACUUCGCCAAAGAGGAACUUGUUCCUAUUGCUGCUAAGCAUGAUGAAACCGGAGAGUUUCCAUGGGAUAUUGUUAAGAAGGCACAUUCUCUUGGAUUCAUGAACCCUCAAAUCCCUGAGAAGUAUGGAGGACCAGGAAUGUCAACUCUUGAAACAGCACUGAUUGUAGAAGCCUUGUGCUACGGUUGCACAGGGCUUCAACUUGCCAUCAUGGGUCCAUCUUUGGCCUUGGCCCCAGUUUACAUUGCUGGUUCUGAAGAGCAGAAGAAGAAGUACUUGGGAUGGUUAGCCGCUGAACCCAUCAUUGCUUCUUACUGUGUUACUGAACCUGGUGCUGGAUCUGAUGUAAAUGGUGUUCGUACUAAGGCAGAGAAGAAGGGAGAUGAAUAUAUUAUCAAUGGUAGCAAAGCUUGGAUCACUGGAGGAGGACACGCUAAAUGGUUCUUCGUACUAGCUCGUACCGACUCUGAUCCUAAAACUCCCGCUGGAAAAGCUUUCACUGCUUUCUUGGUUGAUGGAGACACACCAGGAAUUGUCAGAGGAAAGAAGGAGAAAAAUAUGGGACAAAGAUGUGCUGACACCAGAACCAUCACUUUCGAAGAUGUUCGCGUUCCAGCUUCUGCUAUUUUGGGAUCACAUGGUUCUGGAUUCAAGGUAGCCAUGGGUGCUUUUGAUAUGACGAGACCUGGUGUUGCUGCUGGUGCUCUUGGCUUAUCAUGGAGGGCUCUCGAUGAAUCAGCAAAGUAUGCGCUUCAAAGGAAGACCUUUGGAACUGAAAUUGCUAAUCACCAAGCUGUCCAAUUUAUGCUCGCUGACAUGGCCAUGAAUUUGGAGCUUUCUCGUUUGGUUACCUACCGAGCUGCCCAAGAUGUUGACAAUAAGGUGCGAUCAUCAUAUUUUGCUUCGAUUGCCAAAUGUUUUGCUGCUGACACAGCUAACCAAGCCGCAGCCAAUGCUGUUCAGAUUUUCGGAGGAAACGGAUUCAACAGCGAAUAUCCUGUUGAGAAAUUGAUGAGAGAUGCCAAGAUUUACCAGAUUUAUGAAGGAACUAGUCAGAUUCAACGAAUGGUUAUUGCUAGAAUGCUUUUGGGUAACUUCCAACAAACCGGAACUAGCCGUACCAAUUGA